GAGAGAGAGAGAAGGAGCGCGCUGGGUGCUGCUCCUCUCUCCCUCCUGCUCCUCCUCCUCCUCCUCCUCCUCCCGCCCAGCAGCAUGCAAUCUCUCCGUCCCGACCAAGAUCAGAUGGAGCGAACUCAAUCAGAGGAUGCCAUGAUUCCCUUGGCCACGCAAUUUCCACUAUCAAUAAUUUAACCAUUUGGAAAACAAACCCACCCACUCCCAAAAAGAGAGAGAGAGAGAGGUGGGCAGAGACUGGAAAGAGGCAUCGGACUCACAAAGAGAGAAAGAGAAAGAAAGAGAGAAAAGAUCAAUAUUUGGGGGAGUGGUGGCGCUUGUUUGAAUGCGUGGACUUCUCCAUCUCCAAGGCAGCGACGAGGCCGGGGAGGAAGCGGCCCUCCAUGCGUCCCGCGCGCGGAUGGUAACUUUGGGCGAGUGGGCGCUUUAAGGAAAGCCAAGGAGGCGAGCCAGAGAGCGCAAGUUCCACCAAGUGAAAAGAGUGAUGACCAUCCUUUUCCUUACUAUGGUUAUUUCAUACUUCAGUUGCAUGAAAGCUGCCCCAAUGAAAGAAGUUAGCCUCAGAGGACAAGGCAGCUUGGCUUAUCCCGGUCUUCGGACACAGGGAAACUUGGAGAACCUAGGUGGGCCCAAUGAUGCCACACGGGGAUUGACAUCUUUGGCAGACACCUUUGAACAUGUCAUAGAGGAGCUCCUGGAUGAGCAGCAGCCUGUCCAGCCCAGCAAGGAAAACAAGGAUGCAGACUUGUACUCGUCUCGGGUUAUGCUCAGCAGUCAAGUGCCUUUGGAGCCUCCACUGCUCUUUCUGCUUGAGGAGUAUAAAAACUACUUGGAUGCUGCAAACAUGUCCAUGAGGGUCCGGCGUCACUCCGAUCCUGCUCGCCGUGGAGAGCUGAGUGUGUGUGACAGUACUAGUGAAUGGGUGACAGCGGCUGAGAAAAAGACUGCGGUGGACAUGUCAGGGGCAACGGUUACUGUUCUGGAAAAAGUACCUGUACCCAAAGGCCAACUGAAGCAAUAUUUUUAUGAGACCAAAUGCAACUCAAAGGGUUAUACGAAAGAGGGCUGCAGGGGCAUAGACAAGAGGUACUGGAAUUCCCAGUGCCGAACUACCCAGUCUUACGUGCGAGCUCUCACCAUGGAUAACAAAAAGAGAGUUGGAUGGCGGUUUAUAAGAAUAGACACUUCCUGUGUGUGUACACUGACCAUAAAAAGGGGAAGAUAGUGGAGUCAUGUUGUAUAGAUUAUAUUGAGACAAAAUUUAUCUAUUUGUAUAUAUACAUAACAGGGUAAAUUAUUCAGUAAGAAAGAAAAUAAUUUUAUGGACUGCAUGUAUAAAUGAGGUUUAUACAGUACAGUGGUUCCACAAUCUAUUUAUUGAACAUAUCCAUGACCUAGAGGGGAACAAAAGGAGGAAAAAAAGAUAUUCAUUUGCGCACAACUUUGAGAAACAAAACAAAUUUGCAUUACAUUCCUCUAACAUUGUGGUUUGUUGCCAUUGCCAAGAAUUGAAAAUGAUAAAAAAUUAAAAAAAUAAAAUUGCAUGCUGCUUAAAUUGUGAA